GCGAGAUCUGACGGUAGGGAUUCGCCACCAAUUUGUACUUUAGGCUAUUUUCAUGUAGGCUAACGUCAGAGUCCGUCCUGUGGGAUGGGGACAACUAUGUCGUUAUGUAAAGGGAGAGCAGCUACGAUGGCUCCACGUAUGGAUGAUGUCAUGCAACUAUGCUGUAACCUGUCUGAAAAUCAGCAGAUAAAAGCAGCAGUGAAGAAUUCUGGGAAAGGAUCAGCAGUGGCAGGAGGGACUGCAUUUUUAGGGGGUCUUCUAGGUGGUCCCCCAGGGAUUGCUGUUGGUGGUGCAGUAGGUGGCCUGUUGGGAUGGUGGAUGACCAGUGGACAGUUCAGACCUCUCCCUCAGAUCAUCAUGGAGCUGCCCUCCCACCAGCAGCAGAGGCUCUAUGCUGAUAUCAUGGCCGUUUUGGGCUCACUGAACUGGACAGACCUGGCCCAGCUGACCGCUCUGGUCAUGGGGAAUGCUACUCUCCAGCAGCAGGUCACUGCUGCCCUACUCCGUUAUAUCACAAAGGAACUAAGAGCAGAGGUGAGAUAUGGGGACUGAUCUACACAGACUGAAUAUCUGGAGAAACUCCUUAGAACACACAUUUGUACUCAAAUUCAACUCCAGCUUAUUUCUGGAGACUGAAAGAACCUUUUAUACUGUAGGUUCACGGAAAGAGGCCUUAUGAGGGUUACAUUGAGACUCAUGUCAGACCUGUCAUGUUACCGAAUAUCUGAUCAUGUCCAUUUAAUAUCCUUUGAUAAAGCGCUUAAAUGACAAUUACGCCACUUUUUUUUAAAACGUAAUUUUCAUCAUCUCCAGCACAACACCAGUGUCUACAUAUGUGAAAAUGGCACAUUUCUACGUUUUGUAGAAACAAAUAUGAAGUUAAAAGUUCUACCCAAUGACAUCAUCAAAAGUAAAACAUAUUUAAAAACAGUGAUUUUCAGGCACUAGGAGAUUCACAGUGAUGUGAGGAGCAAGAAAAUACCCUCCCUCUGGCUAGAAACUUGUUGAAAACCACUGUUUUGAAAAUCACUGUUUUGAAAACCACUGUUUUGAAAAUCACUGUUUUGAAAAUCACUGUUUUGAAAAUCACUGUUUUGUUACUUUUAAUGCUACCAUGUGAUGUUACAGAGAAGCAUUUGUUUAGCACCUUCUUAUCUUUUUAACCACAGAUCAUAGAAAUGCGCUGUUUUCACAUACUGUAUGUAGACACUGUUAUGGUUUUGGAGAUGAUGAAUAUGAGGUGGAAAAGUGGCGGAAUUGCACUUUAAUGUACAAGUUUGUUUUGUUUUAGAUGAGAAAUAGUUAUCUCUGAAUUAUAUUGUAGUGCAUAAUUUGUUGCCGAUAUUUUGCACUGAAAUGUACACAUUGAAUAUUGUUGGGCAUUUAUAAUUUACAAUAUUUGCAACAAAUGCAAGACGAUGAAAAAAGGACCCUGAUCACUCCUCUUGUAAGUGUGCCUGGGAUCUCAAGCGAUUCAUGCAAUGUGAAUAUUCAAAUGCAAGACAAUGAAAAAAGGACCCUGAUCACUCCUCUUGUAAGUGUGCCUGGGAUCUCAAGCGAUUCAUGCAAUGUGAAUAUUCAAAUGCAAGACAACGAAAAAAGGACCCUGAUCACUCCUCUUGUAAGUGUGCCUGGGAUCUCAAGUGAUUCAUGCAAUGUGAAUAUUGUAAGAGAUGAGUACUUCUGAGAAACCGGCCUUGAUAUUUCUGGCGCAUAAUGGUGAUAAGUCCUAUAAUUAACUAAUUGGGAAAUUAACUAAUUGGGAAAAUCUUGUAGUGCUCUGUACAAAAGUGUUUAUAUGAAAAUCAUGAGAAAUGAAAUAAAGAAUAAAGGUGUGAUCACCACAUGCUUUUAGUAUGACAUCAUUAAGCCAGAAAACAUGUUGUUUCAGUGAAUCAACUGACAUUUUCGUGAGGAGAAUUCAACCACUUAACACAUUCUUUGUAAGAGAAGGAAGACAAUGCUACGCAAUGUCAUCUCCUGGACAGAUGCAUGCACGUAACAUAUCUCAUCUGACGCAAUUUCGCAAGAUUUUUUUGUUCUGGGUUUCCGAGACUUUACGGGAUGUAAUAUAGUUCCUCAAUGUUUCAAAUGUAGACUUUUGAAUAAUACUAGAAUCUUAUUAAGAUAUCAGAGCACUUUUUGAAGUAUGUGCAAAGGUUGUUAUGACACCACUGUGAUUUCUUUUCCCAUUAGUUUUUCUAGAUGUUUCCUUGUUCCUUCUUUGUAAGCAAGUUUGGACCCGCGGGUUGUCAUAACAUCAGACAGCGAAAGAUAGAUUAUUAAUCUUGAGGGGAAAUUUCAUUAGAAGUUAUGUCAUUCGUUUCUGAGAGAUGGUUGUCAGUCUUGUACCUAUGGCUUACUAAGAAACAGUGUCUUAGCAGCUUUUUCAAAUUCAAAUGGAUUGAAGUCACAAGAUAUCAUAUUCCAUCACCACUUUAUUGGUAGUCUGGGAUGUGAGAGCAGUCUUAUAUCUUCAUAGAAAAACCUUUUUAGACCUUUCUUUUCAGAAACCAGAGAGCAUGAUUUAAACUGAUUUUGUUUCAAAUGCCUAUAAAAUGUUAAUGAUUGACAUGUUGCAUUUGAAUAUGUUCUUUUUAAAAAUGCCAUUGGCAGUUGGCCUGAGUAUUGCCAUUGACAACACUAGAGUUAGGAAAAUCAAGUGACGCAAGAACUUUCUCUAAAGGCUUAUUUACUGCACCUGUUGCCUCAGGACUGGUUCAUGUGUCUGCCGGACUUUGUAACACCUAAGCACUGAAUAGUUUGA